AUGCGUUUCUUUGUAGUUUUAAAAGAUAAGACAAAGGUAUUUGAAGAAUCACCCACGGCAGAAGAGUUGCAUUUAGCAUUCUUGAAAAUUGUUGAAACUGUUCAAAACAACGAAUUUUCCGAGGAGAUUCAAAAACUAAAAAGAAAAUUAACAUUGUCAAAUCAUAUUCAAAAACUCAAUCCAUUCUUACAUGAGUUCAAUGAUAACAAUUGUUCAUUUUCGCUUAUUCGAGUAGGUGGGCGUCUUUUACACGCACCAAUUGAAUACGAUGCCAAGUUUCCAUUACUAUUGACAAAAAAUUCGCAAUUUAUAAAAGUGUACUUAACGCAUUUGCAUAGAAAAAAUUGCCAUGCUGGAGCUCAAGCAAUGGUGGCAUUGCUUCGCCAAAAAAUUUGGAUAAUAAACGCCAAAGAAGCAUGUCAAAAAGUUGUACGAAAUGGCGUACAGUGCUUUAGGUAUAAACCAAAGUUGCUUCAACAAAUCAUGGGAAAUCUGCCAGCAGAUCGGCUGCGAGCACAAAGACCCUUUUUAAUAUGUGGCGUAGAUUUUUGUGGCCCUGUUUAUUGGUCGACGAGGAAUUCCGAAGACGAUUCACUGCGACAACGGGACGAACUUUGUGGGAGCCCAGAGGAUCUUGAAAGAGGUUGGAGAAGAGUUCGAGCGAGGGAAGCAAGCCAUUUACUAGUACGCAGCAGAAGAAGGGUUCAGUUUCGCCUUCAUACCUCCAAGAGCCCCCACUUCGGAGGUCUGUGGGAGGCGGCAGUGAAAGCGGCGAAAACACUGUUGCAUCGUACCGUGGGAAACGCACUCCUAACAGCAGAAGAGCUGCUUACCGUGCUAAUCGAGGUCGAGGCAAUCCUCAAUUCAAGGCCAAUCGCUCCAUUAAGCGCGGACCCCAACGAUGGAGAAGCACUAACGCCAGCGCACUUGUUAGUAGGCAGUCCAUUGCGGUCACUUCCCCCAGAGAAUGUCCCGGAACAGCAGAUGGCUUGCUUGAGAAGAUGGCAACUGCUAUGCUGGCUCAAGCAGCAGUUCUGGCAGAAGUGGUCAAAAGCGUAUCUGCUUUGCCUUCAGGUUCGGUCCAAGUGGAUCAACGAGCAACCCAAUCUCAUCGUGGGAAAGCUCGUUCUCAUUCACGAGGACCACACUCCUCCACAACAAUGGGCAAUGGGCAGAGUCGUGGUGGUCGUCGAAGGGCAGGACGGAAAGGUCAGGGUCACCGAUAUCAAGACACGAAACGGAAUACUCAGACGUCCAAUCGUUAAACUGGCCCUAAUCCCAGAAGAAGAAUUUUGA